UAAUCAUUGUAACUGCUACUAGCGAUUCGGUAUUUUGUUGUAAUAAUGGAAUUUCAGUUGCAACUAUCAUCUAUGUUAGGUAGUCAUACCAAACACUUAUCCGAAUUGAAACAAGACGUUAUUAGACCAUUAUUGCAGCUUGCAGUGAAAUCUAUUGAACUAGAAUAUAUUGAAGAAGGAGCUUUAAAAAUUGUUAGUGAAAACUUUGAUAUACCUCAGGCACUAGUUGAUGAGUGGUAUGCUGCUGUACUGAUAAUCAUGAAGCUACAUUUGCGUUCACCUAGUAUCAAUAUUAAACCUCCUGAAUUCAGACAGUGUUUACAAGAGUUGAAGUUUUCUCCAGAGUGUAUUCAAGAUAUAACUGCAGUGCUUACAGGAGCAAAAAGGCCAAAUUUAAUAAGAAAUUUUGCAAAAAAAGUUGAAUUCUUUCCUUAUAUAGUUGCGUGUAAAUGGAGAUUAGAUAUUAUAAUUUCAUCAAGCUUAAUGUCAAAAGUUUUGCAACCCUACAUACUGAUGGAAUGGAUUUUGAGUGAUGGAAAAAGCUACACAUUUGAACUAUCAAUACCUCAUUUUCACAAGUUAAGACAUGCUGUUGCAAAAGUAAUUUUAGAAAUUCAAAAACUUGAGCUUUAUAAUGUGAUCAAAAGUAUUAAUAAUUAAGCUUAUAAUUAAUGUUAUUUAGACAACAUUUUGUAAAAAAACAUAUUUUUAAAUAUAAUUAUUAUAUACAAAUUCACUAGUUUAUUUCUUUUAAACUAAUUAUUAGGUUUCUGAACAUCUACAAAAUUUAAUAUUAAU